GCUCCCACUUCCGGUCCCUCUGAGCUGACUUCCUCUUUUCUCCCGCCGACUUCCGCUUUUUUUCCCCAUUCCCCACUUCCGCUUUCCUCCACUUCCGGUCUCUCGGUGCUGACUCGCACUUCCGCCGCUGCUCACGAUGAAGCUCCUGCUCCUGGCUGUCUGUGCCCUCAUUCCCCUGGCUCUAUGUGAGGACGGAGCCCGGCUCUUGGCCUCCAAGUCGCUGCUGAACAGAUACGCAGUGGAGGGCAGAGACCUGACGCUGCAGUACAACAUCUACAAUGUGGGCUCCAGUGCCGCUUUAGACGUGGAGCUGUCGGACGAUUCCUUCCCCCCCGAGGAUUUUGGCAUCGUCUCUGGGAUGCUCAAUGUCAAGUGGGACAGAAUCGCUCCAGCGAGCAACGUGUCCCACACUGUGGUUCUACGGCCUCUCAAAGCUGGAUAUUUCAACUUCACCUCCGCCACCAUCACUUACCUGGCACAGGAGGGGGGGCAGGUCGUGGUGGGUUUCACAAGUGCUCCUGGGCAGGGAGGAAUCCUGGCUCAGCGCGAGUUCGACAGGAGGUUCUCCCCACACUUUCUCGACUGGGCGGCCUUUGGUGUGAUGACUUUGCCUUCCAUCGGGAUCCCGCUGCUGCUGUGGUACUCGAGCAAGAGAAAGUACGACACCCCCAAGACCAAGAAGAACUGAGGGCAGCCCCGUGGGCCCAGCACCCAGAGAACAGCACGGAGCAGCAGGUGUGUUCAGAGCAGCAGCUCCUGCACAGCUGCAUCCCAGCCCUGUUAAUGAGGAACUCCCGCUGGCUCUGCUGUACUUUGUCCUCGCUCUUAUUGCAGCGAAGAGCUGCUGGUUUGCGGCUUUAUCGUGUUGCUCUGGUCAGGGUUGAGGUGCAUGGAGGUACAAAGGAUUUUGUAAUAAAAUGCCAUGAAAGAA